ACGGCACGACCACCAAACAUCGUCCAUGCACGUUUCUUCAAUAAUAUUCAUUAAAAAUGUUUUUUCAGCUCUUCAUCUCCCUACUUCCUCUCUUUCUCACUGUAGUCUUCUGCUUAUUCGUCGCUAAAUCCUCAAAAUUGACGGCGAAACCUCGACCAAAUCUGCCCAAAUCAUAUCCGUUACUCGGUUCUUAUCUGGAAUCUAAAGCUAAUAAGAACCGACGGCUUGAAUGGAUAACGGGCUUCCUUCAAAGCUCACCCACUGCCACUUUCACGCUCCGCGAACCACUCGGCCGUAGACAGAUCUUCACCGCCAACCCGGCCAACGUGCAGCACAUGCUCAAGACGAAUUUCCCCAACUACCAGAAAGGUCCCAAUUCCAGGGGCACCCUCUUUGAUUUCCUUGGCGACGGUAUCUUCAACGUCGACGGUGAUUCCUGGAAGUUCCAGAGACAAGUUGCGAGUCACGAGUUUAACACCAAAUCGCUCCGUCGCUUUGUGGAAACCGUCGUCGAUGCUGAAUUAAGUGAUAGGUUAACUCCUAUGUUAUCUAAUGCCGCCAGGACCGGGACGGUGCUGGAUUUUCAGGACAUUCUUCAGAGGUUCGCCUUCGAUAAUAUUUGCAGAAUCGCUUUUGGGUAUGAUCCUGCCUACUUGAUGCCGUCUCUGCCGCAGGCAGAGUUCGCCAAAACAUUUGACGACGGCACAAACUUGUCCAGCGAAAGAUUCCGGACGUUUCUUCCGAUUAAUUGGAAAAUCAGGCGGUUUUUCGGAAUAGGAUCGGAGAAAAGACUCAAAAUUGCAACCUCUGAUAUCCGAGACUUCGCAAAGAACAUUGUCAGAGAGAAGAAACAAGAACUCAAGGAUAAAUCCUCGCUCGAAUCGGUGGAUCUCUUAUCGCGAUUCUUGAGCUCCGGCCAUUCUGAUGAAAACUUCGUCACUGACAUAGUCAUCAGCUUCAUUCUUGCCGGCAGGGACACGACAUCGGCGGCGCUAACGUGGUUUUUCUGGUUGAUUUCUCGACACCCAGAAGUUGAAUUGGAAAUUCUGAAAGAAAUCCGGGAGAAAUCCGAUUCGCCGAUUUUCGAAGAAGUGAAAGACAUGAUUUAUACCCACGCUUGUCUCUGCGAGACCAUGCGGCUGUACCCACCGGUCCCUGUCGACGGCAAAGUCGCCAUGGGUGCCGACGUUUUACCCGAUGGAACAGAGGUGAGGAAGGGGAUGGGGGUAGCUUAUCAUCCUUACGCGAUGGGCAGGAUGGAAAGCAUAUGGGGAUCGGAUUGGGCGGAAUUUAAGCCGGAGAGAUGGUUGGAGAGAGAUGCGGCGGGGAAAUGGAGCUUCGUCGGGAGAGAUUCAUACACGUACCCGGUUUUUCAAGCUGGGCCCAGGAUUUGCUUGGGGAAGGAGAUGGCGUUCUUGCAGAUGAAGAGAGUGGUGGCUGGGGUUCUGCGGCAGUUCAGGGUAGUUCCGGCGAUGCAGAAGGAUUUUGAGCCGGAGCUUGUGGUUUUUCUGACUUCUAAGAUGAAUGGUGGUUUGCCGGUCCGCGUUGAAGAGAGGGGUGAAUGUGAUUGAUGCAAGUUGUUUUUUGUUUUUUUUGGCUCGGCUGCUUCCUUUGAAUAAUAAUAAUAGUAUAAUACUGUAGUAAUUAGUUUGUUUCGCUCAUAUUUUUAGGGUUAGAAGUAAACUUUAAGAUUUUAU